AUGCUAAUGACAUUGACAGAACAACUACGACAAAAUUUUAAACAUAUUUUACUACAUAUUUCCGAAGAUAUGACUCGGAAAGAUAUACAAAAGAUUUACAGCUUAUGUACGGAACGUAUAUCGAUUAGUGAUACUAAAACUUUAGUUAUUUUUCGACGUUUAGAACAUGAAAGAUUGAUUUCGUGGAAAGAUGUUGACUACUUAAAGUAUUUAAUGCGUGAAAUUCGAAGAUUGGAUAUUGUAGAAACACUGACAGAAUAUGAAAAUAAAAGAGAUCUAACCAUACUUCUGGAUUUUUAUGCAAGGAAGAGGCAAGGUCUGGACUUCACUUGUUGUUCCCACAACGUGAGAAGAGUAGCUGGAUAUUUAACGAGACUUAUGGAUAUGGUUCAAGACAACAUUGAUAUCGUCAACAUAAUUACCUCGGUGAAUUCGAGCAAGGAAAUAAGAAAUGCAUUAGUUAAUUUUGAAGAGGAGAUAGACUGUAGAGAGCAAACGUUUUCGUGGAAUGAGUUUAUGAUGCUGGUUGUUAUCGUAGGAGAACUCUUAGCCAUUGCUUCAGCUAGCGAAGUGCGCUCGGAACCUGUUAUGGAGUUGUGUUCCACCGCAGCAGAUGAACUCUGUCCAAGAAUGAUAGAAUUGGGAAGUUGGGUAAGUUAAAUGUAUUGAAUUAGUAUAUAGUCCUUUUCAGUUUAAUGCUUUAUAGCCAAUAAAUACAGUAAAACCCCUUAUCUUACUCCAGAAGCUCUUCAGUUCUCUUUGAUUGAUACUGAUCAAGUAGACAGAUAUCGAGGGCCGAAUAAAAACGAAAGCGGAAGUUGCCGAGCUUCUACAAAAACAAAAUAAAUCAUGCAAUUUACCUCUGCAAAAGAGGUUUGAAUUUCAAUCCAAAGUACAGACAUAAUGAUUUUAUUUCUUAAACUCAGUUGAAAAACGAGGCGAUACAUGUCAAUUCGUUGCCGAAACUUCAAUUGUGCGAAACAGCGACAGGAAAAUUGUACAUUCAAUGUGAAAGGCCCAAAAUACUGUCAGUAAUUGUCUCUUCUCAGGUAGAACGUUUUCUUGAAAUAAAGCUUAAAAGAUAGGUACCGCAGUUUGUUUUGAGCUGAACUUAACACUUCUUAACGAGCAUGUGUUCUUGCAACUUCAGGAGCCUGUAUUGCUGGAGCCGACUUAAUUUGGAAUUGAUUGCCAGACUUCACCCUAGCUUUCGAAUACUGUGUUUAAGUAAUUUGGACUUGAAUUUGUUUUUGUUUUGCAGAAAGAGUUUUGCGACCAAGUGAGGAAAAGGUAUAACUCGGUUUACCAUCGACGGCAUUUGGAGUCCAACCCUACCUUGUUCGUUCAAAGACAGAGAGCGGAAAUUGUUGAACGUCUUUCAGAGACAAUCUUCUUUACAGUGAAUAGUUAA